UUGUACUAGUAAUGUCCUCAGUGCUCAAGAGUUUAGUUGUCCAUCCCGACUCAUCCGCACGUCAACGACGACGGCGAUGCUGGUGUUGCUUUCGUUAUUGCUCAUUGGCGAUGGACGACCGGUCGGCAGCGGGUCGUCUUUCUCGCAGUCGUCGGCGCGCUUUGUCGGUUCUGGAGCAGGACAAGGACGUCACCAUGGAAUUCGAGAAGAGAAGAGAGUACUUCAAUCGGCCAACAAUUGUGUUGGUUUGAAGAUUCUCAACGACUCCCUUGUGUCUUGCAAUACCCUCAUCAAGUAUGAGGUCACAGCCCCGUUCAUCAAAGCUUCCAACGAGACGGCUAUGGAGUGCCUGUCGGUGGCGCGCAACAUCGUCUUGCACCCGAAAGGCACACAGUUCUUUUACAUCCUCGAUCAGAUGUGCUCGACGGAGAGCACAAGCAGGCGGCGAUUGUCGUUGUACGAGUCAGAGUUGGGCACGCAAGUUGUGGAGGGUAGGCUGAUAACCACCUGGUGGCCCGGGUCUGAUGGGCCGGGAUCCCGUCUGCUCAACUUCACGUGCCUGGACUCCGGCUGCACGAAGCUCAUGAACCUCGUGACGGGGAUGGCUGUCUCGACGUCGGGAUCGCAAUUGAUCUUGUCGGGAUACUACAAUUCGACUCCGCCGCGAUCCUGGCUGACCACCCUCAGUACGGAGACGGGGGAAAGGGUUUCCGUCCCGCUGCUGAACGUGGAAUUCGCCGGCGGCAUCGCGAUCAAUCCCAACCUGACGAAUCUAAUAGUACGGAGCAGUACUAGUAAUUACAGCAGCAGCAGCGCAACCGGUAGCAGUAGUAGUAGCAAGAUAGAGAUGUCGAAUGCUUUGAACGUGUCGUUCGGAAAGCCGUACGACCUCGCCGUGACGGAGGACGGUCUGAUGAUCUUCGUGUCGGAGAGAGACACAGGUCUUGUGAAGCUCAUUGAGCUCGACGCUCCAUGUGGAGGCGGGCGCAGAGCCACCGAGAUCACUAAGUACCUGCUCCGCCCUGGAUCCGGCUUGACUGGGUUGGCCAUUCGAAAUGACCGCGGGCGCCUUGUUCUCCUUAUAGGUACGGAUGACGGACAAGUGUUCCAUCUCAGCAUUAACAGGUCAGCUCUCGAGCGCAGCAAUUCUGGAACCUUCUCAGACCCGCUCUCUCCAAACCCUAACCCCGACAUUCGAUCCACUUUCUCCGCCUCUCCUCCUUCUCGCCCUUCUUCCACGCCAGAUGGAAAAGACUCCAACAUCCGUCGAUUUGUAACCGUAGGCGGCGCUGUUUUGUUAUUUGUAUUGGUGGGUCUUGUUUAUUAUUUAUGGCGACAGCACGCCCAAGCGGUCCUUAUGCGCUAUUAUGACACACUCAACGGACUCAGAAAGUUUCGUUUGGAGACCUUAAUUUCAGCGACGAACGAUUUCCACAAAGAUCGGCAACUUGGACGUGCUGGAGGCUUCGGCACGGUCUACUGGGGAUCCCUGUCGGGCGAGGAUGMCCGUGCGGGGGAGGUGUCGGUGGCGGUGAAGGACAUGGAACUGCCGCUGAAGAACAAAAAGGAAAAGCAAUUUAAAGCAGAGGUYAGCAUUCUCAGUCAGGUACRUCACCCCAACAUUUGCAAACUGAAUGGCUUCUGCGUAGCAGAGAGUCGUCGCAUUUUAGUAUACGAGUACAAGGAGGGAGGGAGCUUAUAUGAUAGACUAUCUGUAGGACGUGAAGAUCGACGGAAGAACGAAAAGAACGACAAGAGGGAAGAGCGAGAAGAGGGAGUAGUAGUAGUAGGAGGAGGAGAAGGAGGAGGAGGAGGAGGAAGAGGAAAAGCAGGAGGGGAAGAAAUACAUCAGGCAGGAGGAGGAGGAGGAGGAGGAGGAGGAGGUGGAGACGCCGUGAACAGGGCUCUUCAUUACCUUCAUGACGAGGCUAAUCCGCAUAUUAUUCAUGGGGAUGUAAAGAGCCGAAACGUGUUGUUGGAAGGAGGAAGUGGGAGAGAGUUAAAGGCAUGCCUAGCGGAUUUCGGUUUGGCCAGAGUGCUCGACGAUAGUCUGCUAACGAAAGCCAAGACUACACGGCAUUACCUGUUGUACGGAACGCCUAGCUACUUGGCGCCCGAGUACCUGGGGCGGGGAAAGCUGUCGAGGAAGAUCGACGUCUACGGCUUUGGAGUUCUGGUGUUGGAAUUGCUCACGGGGAGACCUGCGGUAAUUCACGGCCGACGCCUUGUUGAUGACCAGAGGAAGCACUUAGACCGUCCGGAUGAAGUCGAUAUGGAGGAGGUUGUUGAUCCUUCUAUUCGAGGGGAAUUGAACCAUCCUGUGAUGACCAAAAUCGCAAGAGAUAUGCUACGCGUAGCUUCCCGUUGUGUGAUCGAGGACGAGCAAGAAAGGCCAGACAUCAAAGACGUGACUUUGGCCAUAGAGAGAAUUCUUGAGGAUAUUUAAGAAAAAAAUAAAAAAAACUGCCAGGACUCACGGAUACACGUUUUCUUAGUUGCCGUCGUUGGCUUUGGACAUA